AUGCCAAGAGGUGGUGGUAGAGGGUGUAUCGUAAGAGGCGAACCUUUGAAGACGAGGAACAAUUUUUCUAAAGAUACGACGCAAAAUGCAAGAGUUCAGGCUCUAGAAAAUCAGUCAAGAAUGAUGGAAAGGAAUAAUGAAAGGCUGUUGAAUUUAAUGGAGAAGCAGAUGAGUCGUUCUCAUGAAGAUGAUGAAGGGAAAUUCUAUAAGAGAUUGUCUAGUCAUCAACCUCCAAAAUAUGAUGGAGAACCUAAUCCAGUUCGCUUUGAGGAUUGGAUUGUAGAAAUGGAGAAACUUUUGGAGGCCAUAAACUGCCCGUCAAGAUUGAAAGUGAAAUUAGCCGCAUUCUACUUAACAGGCACUGCUGAACUAUGGUGGAGGACCGUAAAACAAACUGCCAUAGAUUCUACUUGGGAACAAUUUAUGAAGAAGCUUCGUGAUCAAUUUUACCCACCCUCGCUUCAGAGAAAGAAAGAGAAUGAAUUCUUGUUUCUAAGGCAGGGAACUACGUCAGUGAUCGAAUACGCAAGCACUCCUAGACACCAAGAUUUUGAUGAUUUAUACAAUCAAGCCUUGGAGUUCGUGCGUAUUUUGGAAAAAGAAGACUGGUUUAAUAAAAGAAAGAAUGAAUCUAGUGGGGGCGGUGGAUACAAGAAGGCCAAGAAUGAGGGGAAGAAGCCAUUUCAGACUGUAGCAAGGCAGACACAGUGGAAAUGUAGGUUAUGUGGAAAAGAUCAUCGAGGCCAAAACUGUAAUGGGAAGAUUGUAUGUUACAAGUGUCACAAGGAGGGACAUCUGGCUAAAAACUGUAGGGAAACGUUCAAUCAAAGCAAAACAGCAUCGGAAGCUGCAGAAAUACCCGGUAUACCUCUAAAAAGAGAAGUAGACUUCCAUAUUGACCUUAUUCCUGAUACCACCCCUAUUUCUAAAACUCCUUACCAUUUUGCUCCAGCUGAAGUGGCUGAGCUAAAGAAGCAGCUAGAUGAAUUUCUGGAAAAAGGUUUUAUUCGACCUAGUGUUUCACCAUGA